UGUUUGAUGACGUCACGCGGGUAGAGCGGAAGUGUGUCGUUCAUUUCCUGCUUUUCGCUCCAGCGUCUUCCUUGUAAAUAAUCUCCUCUUCGAGUUAAAGAGUGAGAAGAACACAGUUUACCUUCUUCUCUGAGGAGAGGGGAACACAUUAAACUAUCUGACCUGCUGUCAUGGAGGAGGAGAAGCUCUCUUAGGACCAAAACCCUCAACCCUGCAGACAGGAUCCAGAUCAGACACCGGCACCAUGAGGUGACGACUGUGACAUGGUGUAUUCUCUCUGACGUGGACAUAUGGCAAGGAUCACUUUCUCCUGCCUGCCGGCCUCCUGGUACUGCAGCGUGUCCCUGCUCUCUCUGAGCUGCUUCUCCAGACAGAGACUGCUGCUGCUGCUGCUCUUCAUCACGUCCGCCCUCUUCCUCCUGGUCACCUACCAGAAGCAGCUGUGGGGCCGGCACCGGCGACAGGGGUCAAGGGUCAACAAGUACCUCUCCAUCGCAGAGUCCAUGGAAGCCACCGACGUCCUCAACUCCGCUCUGAAUUAUGGGAUCGUGGUGGACUGUGGCAGCAGCGGCUCUCGGGUCUUCGUCUACUACUGGCCCCCGCACAACGGGAACCCCCACACCCUGCUGGACAUCAGACAGAUGAAGGACCGCGACCGCAGACCUGUCGUCAAGAAGAUCAAACCUGGUAUCUCCACUCUGGCAAAAACGCCAACUCAGGCCAGUGACUACCUCCAUCCUCUGCUCAGCUUCGCCGCCGCUCACGUCCCAAAGAACAAACACAAAGAGACCCUGCUCUACAUCCUCUGCACUGCUGGCAUGAGGCUGCUGCCGGAGAGCCAGCAGGUGGACAUCUUGGAGGACCUGAUCGCUGAUGUCCCCCUGGAGUUUGACUUCCUGUUCUUUCGCUCUCACGUUGAGGUCAUCCCCGGGAAACAAGAAGGAGUGUACGCAUGGAUCGGCAUUAACUUCGUGUUGGGCCGCUUUGAUCACGCCGACGAGGAGGACGCCACGGUGGAGGUGACGACAGGCUCGCAGAAUCAGCAACCAAUCAGCAGGCGGCGCACGGUGGGCAUCAUGGACAUGGGUGGAGCUUCGCUGCAGAUUGCGUACGAGGUGCCGAGUGUCAUCACGUUCAGUUCACAUCAAGAGGAGGAGGCAGGGAAGAGCGUCCUUGCAGAGUUUAAUCUGGGCUGCGAUGUGGAUCACACGCAGCAUGUUUACAGAGUCUACGUCGCCACGUUCCUCGGCUUCGGAGGGAACAUGGCCCGGCAGCGCUACGAGGAUCAGCUGGUCAACAACACUGUGGCGAAGAACAGGUUUCUGACCACACAGACCGGCCUCAGCAAGAGCAAACCCUACCUGGACCCGUGUCUGCCGGCAGGUCUGUCAGACACGGCUGUGAGGGACAACCACACGCUGUACCUGAGGGGUCAGGGGGACUGGGCUCACUGUCAGGCGGCCGUGAGACCCUUCCUGGGUCUCCAUAACGGCACCAUGUCACCGGGAGGAGUCUAUCAGGCUCCGAUCAACUUCAGCAACAGUGAGUUCUACGGCUUCUCUGAGUUCUUUUACUGCACGGAGGACGUCCUGAGGCAAGGAGGACAUUACGACAGUAAGAGGUACUCCCAAUCUGCAAAGGAGUACUGCUCCACCAAGUGGUCAACACUGAAACAACGUCUGGACAACAAGCUUUUCUCUCAGCAGGCCGACAUGGGACGACUAAAGUAUCAGUGCUUCAAGUCGGCCUGGAUGUACGAGGUGUUGCACACCGGUUUCCGUUUCCCCACCGACUACCAGAGUCUGAAAACGGCUCAGCUGGUUUACGACAAAGAGGUUCAGUGGACUCUGGGAGCCAUCCUGUUUAAGACACGCUUCCUGCCUCUCAGGGACCUGCAGCAGGAAACACUCAGGCAGAACCACCCCAGCUGGCUGCGCUCCUCCUUCGUCUACAACCACCACCUGUUCUCGCUCUGCAUCCUGGUGGUGGUGCUGGCCAUCCUGCUCUACAUCCUGCGCUUGCGGAGGAUCCACCAGCGGGAGCAGAGGCAGGCCGAGGUCCUGGACCUCAUCUGGGUGGAGGAGGGAGAGGCGCUCAUCGCCUGAGGGACAGGACUGUGAAGGGUUGAUCUGGACGGAUAACCUGCAGGGUUGUUUUAUCCCGGGACAUACGGACCUUGGACUCGCCCUGCAGGAUACACGAGGAAACACGAGCCUGAAAAUCAAACUCCUGCUCACUCUGUGAUCAUGCAGCUCCAAACAGAGAGCCCAUCUCAGACUGGAAACAAGUUCUCUGUUUGUCUUUGGAAGAAAAGAAUCAACUCAACACAACGUGAAUGAACAAGAAUCAUCUCAACUUGCUGCUCAUCUCUCCUUGGAUCCAAAGCCAUGUGUCUCUGUGUGUGUGUGCUCAAUGUGGUGUCUGUUAACCUGGAUUCAGUGGACUGAAAAUGUCUUAACUGCUGAAGAAGAAGGCAGAGGUUAUGACUAAUCCUCCUCUGCAUGAUGUCUAACGUCAGAACAUGGAUUUCAAGACCAUUAAAGAUCCUUAAAGACGACCCGUCCGAAGGCACAUCAGAGAAAUCUGUGCCUCUCUAUCACAGGAAAUCAUGUUGAAGAACUGUCCAUCCAUCACCGGCUACCUGGCUCCAUCUUGACUGAAUCCAUGAUGAUGAUGAUAAAGCUUUUCCAUUCCAAAUGUUAGCCGAUAUGCUGACGAUGUUAUGUUGUUACAGUGGAACCCUUACAGUGUUGCUAAAUUGAACAAAGACAAGAUAAAUCCAGAGGAACCCGAGCCGAGUCUGUCCAUUUAAAUCUGAGCCUGGCAUCCUGAGAUGUUCCUCAUCUUGUGCGUCCUCAAAGCCAUCCUCAAAGCCAUCCAUCCAUCCAUCCAUCCAUCCAUCCAUCCAUCCAUCCAUCCAUCCAUCCAUCCAUCCAUCCAUCCAUCCAUCCAUCCAUCCAGCAUCAGUCCAAGCAAGUCGACCAAGACAUCCCUCUCCCCACCAACAUUUUCCGGCUCCUCCUGGAGUAUCAAGAGGUAAACCUAGUCCAGAUUGGAUUUAUAAGACCUCCAGCGAGCUCUGGGUUCAACAAAGGAUCUAACUAAAGGAUCCUGAGCCAAGUCUGUCCAUGUCAAUCUGAGCCUGGCAUCCUGAGAUCUUCCUAGAGGGCCACCGUACAAGUGUUCAGAAACGGUGUUCAUCCCCUCAUCUUGUACCUCCUCAAAUCCAUCCGUCCAUUUUCAUCCAGCAGCAAUCUCAGCAACACGACCCAGACAUCCCUCUCCCCACCAACGUUUCCCGGCUCCUCCUUGGGUAUCAAGAGGUAAUCCCGGGCCAGGUUGGAUUUAUAAUACCUCCAGCAAGAGGCCUGUUCCUGAAGAGACACUCCUGGAUCACCUCCAAAAGGAAAGCGUCCUGGAAGCAUCCUUAUCAAAUGCCCGAACCACCCGAACUGACCUCCCUCCAGCAAAGCCAUAACCCCCUUUCUUUCCUGUCAUUGAACAAACUUUAUUCAAACUAUUUUUUUGCAAAAAAUGAAAGCUGCCAGGUUUUUUCUAGACGUGUUAAUUCUCUCAGGUUUGAACAAGACAUCCUGCAAACGGAGAAAGAAGGUGAGGAAGGUUUCACCUCCUCGAAAUCGCUCCUCCACCAUCUGAAAAGUUCACACCCCCCCAGAAGUGAGUCGGCACUUGAGUGCGCCGCGAUAUCAAAGUGGACUACUAUCAUCAUCAUCAUCAUCAUCAUCAUGAGUGCAGCAGCACUUCGCUGCCAUCAAAGGCAGAAAGUGUUUCAUCUAAACAAUUUCCUGGAAAGCAAUCCUGCAGACUGAUGAAGUCGUCGGCAGAGUUCAGCGUCAGAUUGAGCUUUGAUACUUAAACGUCCUGCCGAGACCUCCGGCUGUCUCCAGCUGAUAGCUAUCAAAAGAAACGGAUGGUGGAGUGGUGGUGUUGCUGAAAUAAACGGAGAUCUGCUCAGUGUUUGAAUGAGGGCGCUGACAGGAGACAGAGUCCAGAUUCAAGAUGAUAUCGACUCCAACAAAGGGAAGAUACUUGUACUUUUAAAAACCUUAAAUGGAAAAGGCCUUAUCCUUACAGAAGAGGGGUUAUUUUGGUCCAUUUCUACCUGUACUGUACUAUAGAGCUGUAAAUGACGCCACUCUGUCUUUUUUUAAUGAAAUCCACCAGUCACAGGCCUCCAUUUUCCACAAUGUCACACUCUGGGAAGCUUGAAUUGAAUAUAUUAUUGUACUGAAUCAGAGAAGUGAUUGUCGUAUUAUGUGGGAAAUACAAUGCUGCUGAGGGGACCAAUCACAGAGCUUGCAGUCCGUGUCGAUUGUACGGGUAGUUACAUUUUGGAGGAGGUGCACGUCAGCUUCGUGCGUAGGCCUCUGCGUAGGUACAGGAGCUAUGCAGACUUUCUGCGUAGGCUACGCCGUCGAUUUGAUGCAGAAGUAUAAAUCAGGCAUUACUGUGUCAAAGCUGUCAGCAGCUUUAAAUGCAAAAGGUGUAGGGAAAACAUCUGGAGAUAUAUUUACUAACUUAAAGGUGACAUAUCAUGCAUAAUGGACUUUUUAAUGGUUCUCUACCUGAAAUAUGUGUCCCUGUCUACAAACCCCCCGAGAAUGAAAAGAAUCCAUUCUGCCCCUGUUCUGAUUUCUCCACCUUUCUGUAAAUGUGUGCUGAAACCAGCCGUUUCAGACUUCAGUGUUUUUCAUACGUCACAACGCCAUCCGGUCUGUAACAGGGAAGUCAGAGCUCGGAGCUUGUUCAGCCCAUAGACUGUAUAAAAUACAACUCAACCCCUCCUCCGUUUUUCAUUCCCUGCACACAUGUGUGCUAACAAGGAGCUCAGGAGGGAGGCAUGCUAGCUGUAGGCUGUCUUAAUAAACACAAAGGUCGGUUUGACUCCCCAAGUCUGCAGAUUUGAAGAUCUAGUGGAUUUUUAUUUAUCAUGGAUAAGUGCUAGCGCUAGUUAGCAUAGCCACAUAGCUACAUGUUCGUAGCUGUGUACCAAGACACACGUCGACAUACUGACAAAUAAAACAACAAGAAACACUAAAUCUGUGACCAAUGGUUCAGAAAGGUCCUGCUGCAGGCGCCUCUCCGUCAGGAUCAGAUUCUGGAUCAGAUUCAGAGGGUUGAAGUAACGUGAUCUCUGAGCAGUCGUGUAUAUUCAGACAACGUGGAAACAUCAGAUCAACGUGCUGGGCAGCCGAGGCACACCCACUUCCUGAGGGGGCGUGGUCAGAGAGAAAACAGACUGUUCUGAGCAGGGCUGAAAAAGGGGUUUUUCAGGCAGACCAAAAUCUGAUUUCAAAGUGUUUUUUUGAGCAUAAACUUUAAAGACAUGUUUUGGGGACCUCUUAGACCAAUAUAUGUUGAUGAAAAGAGCGUAAUAUGUCACCUUUAACAUUUAACCACGUCCUAGCUUGUGUUCCGUUUGAAAGAAAGGACUAAACUUAGCCAGCUGAUGCAGAUGUGAAAGAAUAGCAAACACCUGAUUGUCCCUUUUUGCAUGCAAACGGCAGAAAUGUCCUUCGCCUUCUGCGUGCAAAUGCAUGCUACUUAAAACACAAGGUGUCACAUUUGCACGAUGGGAUGCAUUCAAAACCACUGACAUCACUUAAAACACAACAUGUGCAUUCAACAGAGCUCUUCAUGGUGGAUAUAGAGAAGGUGUGUAAUGAUGGAAGACGGUGUUGGGUGCAGUUUGAGACAGGAGGAUGACUUUAAAGUGUCCUUACUGAUUCUUGAACGCGGUGGUUUCAUGGAUCCUCUUAAAUGUUUGGACUGCUUUUUCAUGCCGAUGGAUAGCCUCUUUUAUCCUCUCAUCUAACUCAAUCAGACGUUAUGUUUGAAAGAGAGAGGUUACAUGCUAACGUUAGCUGUCGUGACUUAGCUGUCGGCGGCUAACGAGUAAUCACCGUCAGUCGCCGAUCAUUUUGUACAAGGUUCAAACUCUAACACAGCAGUACACAAUAAGACCAUUUCAGCUUCCCAACAUGAGUGUGACAUCAGAGUAAAAUGGCCACCGCUCGUGUGUUUGGUGAGUGUGUUGUGUGCUAACGGGCUAACUCGGCUCUGAAACAAUGACGACACAAAUGUGUGUCUGAGUCGCACGCAGUGAAACUUCCUGAGGAGUUAAAUAAUGUUUUGAUCCCACAGAGGGAGACUGUUUUUAAUCCAGUAAGUGUUGAAUGGUGGGGGGGUGGGAAGGGGGGGCAUGACUCAUCAAACCUAACGAUGAUGACUCAGCGAAAAGAGACGUUUGAUUUUUACGAUCUGAACUGUGGUGCUGAUGUGAGGAGCUCUUAAACUGUGAUUCCACUUUGUUUUCUCUCCGUCCUGACGCGGAUGAUUCCGACACAUUCUUCUCAAACUCAGUGUGUUUUUAUUUACUCACCACUACUUUUCACCUGUGGGUCCUGAACGAGUGGAAGCAGUCAGAAGUCUAAAAAAGCUGACUGACUUCAAGGUAGCUAUGGACACUUUCAGAUUCAUCCUGAAGUGGUUUUCAGGACGUCUGCUGCUCCUCUGAUAAAGGGACCAAUCCUUGAGUGUGUCUUUCCAGAGCUGGGCAUUGUGCAAUGUUGAACUUUAAUUCAUUUCUUUUCAAAUGGAGACUUGACUUUGUGUUUUUAAUUAAGGUACCUUUUAAUAUUAAUGUGAAUAGAACAAUUCCAAUCAAAUAAAGCGUCCUUUUGUAACAAAA